AUGUGGGAGCAGCAGCAGGCGGCUCUGCCUGCCAAGCAGCCACAGUCGGCGGCGCCUGCUGCUGCGCUGCGGGCCCCUGGGGCCGCCCAGCGCCCACCCGCCAAGCCUGCGCCCGCCAGGCCUGCAGCAGCGGCGAAAGCCGCAGCAGGCAGGGGAGCAGAGCCAUGCUUGGAGGAGGGAGAGAUCACUGAGGAGGGCAACAGCUCCAGCAGCUGCAGCGACAGCGACGACGGCGCCUCGCGGCGGCGGCAGCGGCAGCGCGCCAGCCGGCGGCGGCGCAGCCGCUCGCCGCUGCGGCGCGUGGCGGGUGGUGCGGCAGCAGGGAAGAGGCGGGCCGCCACCCAGGCCUGUGCUGCUCCCUCGGGGCCCCUGGAGGCCCAGCAUGCGCUGGCCAGCCUGGUGGAAAGCAUGAGCGCCGAGGCAGCCAGCCUGCACCGCCAGCUGGGCCGGCUGGGCGCCAGCUCUGGCGCCAUUCGCCCUGCGCCGCAUGGUGGUGCUCGCGGUGGUGGUGAGCCGGCGCAGCCCGCCAGCUCAGCGGUCGGGGUGGCAGGCGCCGCUGACAUGGAGCGCCAGCUGGCCACGCUUUCCUCCAAGCUGGGCCAGCUGCAACUGCCCAGCGCCAGCGAGGCGGGCGUCACCCUGGUGUGCUGGGACACCAACGUCUACAUGGACCACUGCAGGCUCAUACAGGAGUGCUGGGAGCGGCUGCUGGCCAGCGGCUGCGCCGACCUGCGCUUCUUGGUGCCGCUGGCUGUGGUUCGGGAGCUGGAUGGCAUGAAGAAGUGCCUGUUCAGGGGGCUGUGGGCUCGGCGCGCCAUCCGGCGGCUGGCAGACAUGCAAGGGCACCCGGCGCUGCGGGGUCAGAGGGAGGACGAGCUCCUGCGUGGCCAGCUGCGCCGCAACGACGACGGCAUCCUGGACUGCCUGCUGUACUUCCGGGCCCGAGGGGCGCAGGUGGAGCUGUGCACCCGCGACGUCAACCUCGCGCUUCGGGCACGCAUCGAGGGCAUCCCUUGCUGCGAGCCGCAGGAGGCGCGUCGGCGGCUGAUCCAGCGGCUGGAGGCGGCUUCUGCCGAGGGCAAGCAGGCGGCGAAAUGA